UGGAUCUGGCCGGAGGCGCCAUCCCGCCGCUCCCACGCUGUGGCCGCCGGCAAGACAGAGAGGAACCCGCUAGGAUUCGAAAGAAGACGGGCUAGGGCCUCUGUGCAGGACAGGUACGGACCGGGGUCAGUUGUGAGACCGAGAUGUGGGAGCCAGACAUGGAGACAUGCACACGGGCGACACAGACACAGGACUGAGGGGACUACACGAGAGAAAAACGGGAACCGGGUCGGGACAAGUGAGCCUGGCUGCAGUGACACGGACACAGGGCGGCGACAGGUUCCAAGUGUGUCGCAGCCCGGAGUAGUUGCGGACCCCUGUCCCCACCUGCCCCAGUUGAAUCUGCUGAACUCUCCCAGGGAGGGAGCCGGAGCCCAAGCAACUGCCUACUGAAGUCAGGGGUUUCGUGAGUGCCGUCCUGGAAGGCACAGGGCGCGCAAAUCCAUGCGUGGCGACGGCUGGCCGCCCCUGACUCCGACCCAAAGGUCAGGCCCAGAGACUGCCUGCCCCCGGCGACGCCAUAGCGCCCCACCACUGCCACUGCCACUCAGGAUAACCUACUGCAGGGGGAACGCCCUCCCUCCUUGUGCUGCCUACACCACUGUACCCACGCCUAGGGGCCAUGAUCUUGCCAACCGCCUGCGAGGCAUGGAUCUGGUGGAGACUGCAGCGCUGACCCGCCUGGGCAAGUCUGGGCAGCAGCUGGAGUGGCCUGGUGCCUAUAGCUCGGGGACAAACGUGCCCUGAGGCAGAGUCUUGGCACCUGCCCUGCCUGCCUGUGGCUGCAAGGUUAAAAGAUGCCUCCUCUCAAGACCAGAAACUCUGACCUCAAAGAGGUCAGCAGCCCAAUUCAAGCCUGGCCCAAACAGGACCCCAGGACAGAACCUGAAUCUCCCUUCCCAUCAACCCCCAAGAACAGGAACAAGUCUUCCAGCUCUCCCUCCUAGAUUCCGCAGGCAGGACUCCCAAAGGAAGAGCCGGUACUGCUACCCCUCCACCCCCAGACUUGUGCCUCAAGCGAGAGGUACUUGCCUCCUCCCCCACGUUGCUGAUGAGUUUUCAGUCGGGGUCAGUGAUGAGGUUACUGAUCAGAGGCCACUGAAGGUCACCAAGAGCCCUUAUGCGGGGGGGGGGGGGGGGGGCUGGCCAGAUGCAAGGGCUGCCGGGGCAAGUAGCUGCUGUAUUGUGGGUCAGAGCAGGAAGCUGGUUCUUGCAGAUGGAAUCCUGUAUGAAGCAAGAGAUGUAACAGACACUGUCGACAGCCUGCCACUCAUCACAGGUGACCUCACCCCAGACUCCACCUCCUGCAUGUUAAAGACCCCAAGCUGUGAACACACACAAUCACCGGUGAUUUGACCCAAACCCAGGGUCAGUGUAUGCUCAUCACAGGAUACCUGAUCACCCACUCAAGAGGGUGACCUGACUGAUGCACAACCUGUCAUCCCAUCACAUAGGGAACUUUACCCCAUGCUCUGGAUCCCUGACCCCUCAUGACAGACCGGAGAUUCAGCAUCCUCCACAUCUCCUGGGAAGCUCCAGGAUCUCCAUCAUCUCCAGACCCGUAGCCUCCCCCACAGCCCCCAUCCUCAGUGAGAAGGCGACAGACAGCCUGUCUGCUCUGGUGGUAGACAGGAAGUUCAGGGAAACCGCAGUCGUCCCUAUUCAGCCACAGGCGUGGGAGCAGGCAAGCACCAGUGCCUUCUGGAGCCAGUGUGGCCUCUCCGUAGGGGUCGCCGUGUGGUUGUGUCCUCUCUGAUGGUGUGGAUCUCAUGUGGCCCCAAACUCCCCUUCAUAACUUGGGCAGCCUGGUCCCCACGAACCUUUUAGUCCUCCCAGCAGCCCUGUCUCACCCUGCCUCUGCUGGGACUGGACUCCGUGCUGGCAUUCCUCCUUCUUCAGCUUUAUCUGAGCAAGGCUGAUCUGGUCUGGGGAAACCCUCCCGCCCGGGCCAGGUACAAGGCUUUCCUGACCCCCACCGCUUAAGUCAAGCACACUGCCUGCUUCAGGUCUCUCCCGUCCCCUCCCAAGCCUUCUGUGAUCCCCUCACUCCACGGGAACUGGCAACCAAGGAUGCAUCAAGGACUGGAGUCUGACGACACGCAAGAUAAUGGGCGGGUCCACGCUGAGCCGUGUCUCCGCAGGUUGGCGCGGGGCGGUUGCUCUGACCGCCAAGGACAACCCCAGCGUAGGCCACUCCCUGGAGUGGAGAAGGCGCUGCUGUGCGGAGGCCCCCGGGCCUGCGGACCCAGUCACCCGUCACCAGGCUCGGUGAGGGGACUGGUAGAGGGGCACCCGCUCUGGCUCAGCCCUACGCCCAGAGACCUCCGUCCGUCCAGUAGCCCAUGCCCCUCCCUUCCUGAGCCCAGCUUUUCACCCCCAGCCCCCCGCGCCCGCGAGCUGGCCGACACGCGGCAACGAACCCCGAGAGGCGCUCAUUGGUGCGGG